AUGGCCACUGAUACAGAAGGUAACAGUGGACAAUUAACGAAAUUGUUAGCAAUACGAGGAGGAAAUAGAACCUCCAUUACGAAGCUUGAACGACAAGCCACGGCUCUUCUUGAAGAACUAAUUAAUGAAAAUGGAGAACAAGUCGAGAAGGUGAUUCGUUUAGAAACGGUACAAAAGUCUCUUCGAGAAAAGCAAACGUUUGUGAACGGACUAAACGAAAAGAUACUGGAAUUAUGUCCAGAAGUUAAUAUCGAAAAAGAAAUCGAUGAAACGACGGAGCUGAAUUUCAGAAUCGAUGAAAUUCUGGGAAGAAUUCAAGCUUUUAAAGACGGUCGUUACGCUCAGACCAAUGCAUUCGGAGUUGGGAGUGGAACGACACAAAUUAUUACGUCAACGCCUUCCAGAGAAGCUGAAAACGUUGAACAAGCAACAAACAACGAACAUGGUCUCAAUACAAGCGGGGUUACCAUGGGUUCUGUUCCCAUUCGUCUUCCAAAAAUAACGCUCCCACGAUUUAACGGAGAUAUAACACGUUUCAUGUCCUUUUGGCAGAGUUUCGAGAAUGCCAUAGAUAAAAACGAAAGCAUAACUGCAGUUGAUAAGCUCAACUACUUGGUGAAUUUGUUGGAGGGUCCAGCAUACCGUGCAGUAUCAGGACUCGAACUGACGGAACAAAAUUAUUUAAAUGCAAUGGAAAUUUUGAAGGCAAGGUUUGGCAACAAACAACAAAUAAUCUCGACGCAUAUGCAGGCUCUCCUUGGACUACAAAACUGCCCAAACGAAAACGUGAAGCAAUUGCGCUUCAUUUACGACAGCAUAAAUGUACACGUAAGGGGGCUUGAAGCCCUUGGUAUGAGUUCUGCAAGUUAUGGCAGUUUAUUAGUACCAAUCCUUAUGGCAAGAAUGCCGCGAGAAAUUACAUUGCAUGUCGCCAGAAAGACGACCGAGGAAGUUUGGCCGAUAAAAGAAAUAUUGGAGAUCGUCAAAAAGGAAAUUGAAGCCAGGGAACUGAGCGAUAACAUCAAGCCCGUCGAAAAGAAAUGUGACAAAACUUCAGGAUAUGGAUCAAAAUCACCACAAGGCACUACGAAGACAUUUUUGACGAAAGACGAAAAAAGUUUCGAGAAUGCCAUAGAUAAAAACGAAAGCAUAACUGCAGUUGAUAAGCUCAACUACUUGGUGAAUUUGUUGGAGGGUCCAGCAUACCGUGCAGUAUCAGGACUCGAACUGACGGAACAAAAUUAUUUAAAUGCAAUGGAAAUUUUGAAGGCAAGGUUUGGCAACAAACAACAAAUAAUCUCGACGCAUAUGCAGGCUCUCCUUGGGCUACAAAACUGCCCAAACGAAAACGUGAAGCAAUUGCGCUUCAUUUACGACAGCAUAAAUGUACACGUAAGGGGGCUUGAAGCCCUUGGUAUGAGUUCUGCAAGUUAUGGCAGUUUAUUAGUACCAAUCCUUAUGGCAAGAAUGCCGCGAGAAAUUACAUUGCAUGUCGCCAGAAAGACGACCGAGGAAGUUUGGCCGAUAAAAGAAAUAUUGGAGAUCGUCAAAAAGGAAAUUGAAGCCAGGGAACUGAGCGAUAACAUCAAGCCCGUCGAAAAGAAAUGUGACAAAACUUCAGGAUAUGGAUCAAAAUCACCACAAGGCACUACGAAGACAUUUUUGACGAAAGACGAAAAAGUGCAAGAUUGUGUUUAUUGUGGGCAUGCACACUCUCCGUCAAGCUGCAAAGAAGUCCAGGAAAUAACGGGUAGAAAGAAGAUCCUAUUGGAGACCAAACGAUGUUUUUCCUGCUUAAAAUCUGGACACAUGACAAAAAAGUGUCGGGAAAAUCGAAAUUGCAAAAAAUGUGGCAGAAAUUUUCACCACGAGUCAAUUUGCUACAAAGGAGCAAAACAAACGGAGGAAGAAACAAAGGUAACUACCAGUGUUACAGGAAAACAAGAAGUUUUGCUGCAGACGGCAACUGCGUAUGUUUAUGGGGCAGACAAGGCUCAGAGGAUGAAAAUCAAUGUUUUCUUCGAUAGUGGGAGCCAACGAAGUUACAUCUCUGAAGAAGUCAGACGAAAACUAAAUCUGGAAAUCGAAAGACAGGAAAACUUAAAUUUGAACACAUUUGGAACUGAGAAAUCAGUACGCAAGAAAUGUGACGUCGUUAAGUUAAUGUUAGAGACAGGAAUAGAUGAGACGCCAAUUUUGAUAAGCGCAAUAAGCUAUCAGUCUAUUUGUUCGCCUAUAAAUACGCGCAUAGACGUAAGCAAGUAUCAGCAUUUGAUAGGCCUUUAUCUAGCGGACAAGAAGCUAAGCGAGCAAAAUAGGCGCAUUGAUUUGCUUAUUGGUAAUGAUUAUUUAUAUGAUGUAAUCAUUGGUGAUGUUAUUAGAGGUACAUCAGGGCCAAUAGCAGUAAGUAGCAAAUUAGGAUGGCUACUUUCGGGAAAAGUACCAGGAUCCUUGGAGCCUAAAACCUAUUCUAAAGUGACUUCUAAUUUGAUUUUAGAUACGUCAGUUGGAAGGCCUGUCGAAGAAAAUGAGGAAAUAACACAAACGCUUCGCGAGUUUUGGAAACAAGAAUCACCGGGAUUGACAAGGGGAGUGAACCCACAAAUGAAAACAAACAAGAUGAGCAAUUUGAAAUCACCUUUAAUGGUAAAAGAGCAAUUAAACAACGGAAUAAUUGAGCAAGUCCCUGUGGAGGAGGAGAAUCAGGGUAAUCCUCAUUUUAUGAGUCACCAUGGUGUAAUUCGACGAGAUCGUGAAACAACAAAACUUCGUGUUGUUUUUGAUGGAAGUGCGAAAUCGCACAAGGAAGCUUUAUCUCUUAAUGAAUGUUUAGAACUUGGUGAUAAUUAUUACAUGCCGCCAUUAUUCGAUACGUUAUUACGUUUCCGCUCACAUGCCAUUGCUAUAACAGCUGAUAUUGAAAAGGCAUUCCUUCAGAUUGAAAUUGAUGAAAAAGACCGGGAUGCUUUACGUUUUUUGUGGUAUGACGACAUUAGUAAGCCGAAUCCAACGGUUAUUCAGUAUAAGUAUUGUAGACUGGUGUUUGGUUUAAGACCAUCGCCAUCUAUACUGGGAGCCACAAUUAAGAAACACAUUGCUCAAUAUGCUAAUCGAUUUCCUCGUGUUGUUAAAGUGUUAGAUCGGCUUUAUGCUGAUGACUUAUCAUGUAGCACAAAUUCUAUUGAUGAGGCGUUAGAGAUUUUCCAUAAGUCACGGGAGAUUUUGUCCGAAGGUGGGUUUAACCUUCGCAAAUUUAAAACUAAUGACACAGCUUUGUUACAUGAAAUCAAAAAGGUGGAAGCAGGUAACGUACCCAAUGGUGAUAAUGCGAAGGAGAUCAUACAAGAUGAUCAAUCCUUCGCUCAGCAAACAAUAGGCCCACCUCAAAGGGAAAAUAAUAACAAGGUCCUUGGAGUAAAUUGGGAAAGUAAAAAGGAUGAACUGUUUUUUGAUCUGGGGUCAAUUAUAGAACUAGCAAAAACACUUAAGCCCACAAAACGCUCUCUUUUAAAGUUAGCAGCCAAGAUUUUUGACCCGAUCGGUUGUCUUAGUGUGUAUACCAUCAAUUUGAAAGUGCUCUUUCAGGAACUUUGCGUAGACAAAUGGGGGUGGGAUGAAGAGCUCACAGGAGAAGCAAGGGAAAAAUAUGAUCGUUUCAUUUCGGAAAUAAGUCGUUUAGACGGGAUUCGCAUGCCAAGAUGUUUUUUUGACCCAGGUAAAAUAGUAAGCCAAGUCGAAAUACAUGGGUUUUCAGAUGCCAGUGAGACUGCUUACGCUGGAAUUGUUUAUCUCCGCAUUGUGUACGAUACGGGGGAGGUAAGCAUCAAGUUUGUCACUGCCAAGGCCAGGGUUUGUCCUCUAACAAAACAAAGCAUACCACGUUUAGAGCUUUUAGGGGCACAGUUACUCGCAAAAUUAAUCAGCACAGUAAAAGGUACUCUUGGGGAGGAGCUUCACGGCACGCCUAUCAAAGUAUUUUAUUGGGUAGAUUCGGUUUGCACUCUUUGCUGGAUAAAGAACAAUAAGGUUUGGAAGCAAUUUGUACGCCAUCGCGUGUCGGAUAUUUUACGAACUUCAAGCCGCGAUGAAUGGUUUUAUUGCCCGGGAUCUCAAAACCCAGCUGAUUUACCGUCAAGGGGUAUAUUUGGUCCCAAGUUAGAGCAAAAUCUUUUUUGGUGGGAGGGUCCGGGGUUUCUAAAACAGCCACCCACAAAAUGGCCUAAGCAAGAAGAUAUUUUCGAAUCCGGUUCCGCUUUAGAGGAAAGAGUAAAAUGUAGCCCCAAUAUCACGCAUGCUUUAGCAACUAAGGAAAAAGUUGGCAACGUUGUAGAUUUUGAAAGGUUUGGUUCUUACCAAAAAUGUGUCCGUAUAUUAGCAUGGGUACUUCGUUUUAUACAUAAUUUACGCGCAUCGUUAAAAAACAAUACUUGUCAGCGAGAAAAUCAGAUAAAUAUAGAAGAAUUUGCUAACGCAGAAAAUGUUCUUAUACGCUCAAUUCAAGGUGAAUUCUUUUGUAAGGAAAUUGAUUAUUUACAAUCAAAAGGGGACAAAAAACCCCCUUUGUACGUUUCGCAAUUUCAGCUCUUCGUAGACGAAAAGGGCAUUUUGAGGUGUCAAAGUCGUAUAAAAAAUGCAUCCGUCAUAGAGUCAAGCAUAAGACCAAUCUUAUUACCGAAGUCUCAUCAGGUUUCCAAAUUGCUUGUUCUCUAUUGCCACGAAAAAGUCAUGCACGAUGGAAUAAGGGAAACGUUAAAUCUUUUACGACAAAAGUAUUGGAUUCCUCGUGCAAGGGAAUUAGUUAAAAGUAUUGUACGCAAAUGUAUCACAUGUAGAAAAUUAGAAGGUUUGCCAUAUUCUACUGUAUUUUGUCCAGACUUGCCACGAAUGAGGGUCGAUGAUCAGCCCCCAUUUGCAAAUACAGGGCUAGAUUUUGCAGGUCCAUUGACAGUUGCAAGUAAAGGUAACAAUGAUGGAGAAGAGAAGUUUUAUGUCUGUCUUUUUACUUGUAUGUCGACAAGAGCAGUUCAUUUAGAACUUGUAGAAUCACUCAAUGUCGAGUCAUUUUUACGAGCGUUUCGAAGAUUCGCAGCACGUAGAGGUUUACCGUCUCUAUUGGUAAGUGACAACGCCAAGACCUUUAAGUCAGCUUCAAAGGAUGUAAAACAUCUUUUGCGUUCCCCUAGGUUAGGUGAAAGUCUUGAAAAGAAAGGAGUUAAGUGGCAAUUCAUAGUUGAUAGAAGCCCAUGGCAAGGAGGUGCUUGGGAAAGGUUAAUAAGGAGCGUAAAACGUUGUCUAAAAAAGGUAAUAGGUCGGUCAUACCUAACGCAAAUAGAAUUAAAUACCAUCUUGAUUGAGGUCGAAGCAGUAAUCAACUCUAGGCCAAUUACUUAUGUAUAUGAUGACACUGACGGUAUUUCAUAUCCAUUGACACCGUGUCAAUUAAUUAAUGGAAGAAAUCUAUCACUUUUGCCCCAAGACAGGUACUAUGAAAUGCUAAGUACAUACGAGGUUCUUUCAAAACGAGCCAAGUAUCAUAAGACUCUACUUCAACAAUUCACGAAGAGAUGGAAGAAGGAAUAUUUAACAGGUAUUAUGGAAGCUUAUAGACCGAAAGACAAACGGGAAGAGCCAGUCAUAUCGGUUGGAGAUAUAGUUCUUUUAAAGGAUGACGAUAAAAAACGCACUUUUUGGAAAUUAUGUAAAAUUCUUGAGUUGAUUGUAGGUACAGAUGGAAGAGUAAGAUCAGCAAAGAUCCAGAUAGCAGGUGAAAGGAGUAAGGGUAAAGUAUUCAGACGUCCCUUGAAAUUACUUGUACUUUUAGAAAUUGCAUGUAAGGAAGCUAACACAGAAGCAAAUCAAGUCAACGCACCUAUAGCGCCUGCGCAGCAAGCAGAUAGAACUAUUACGCGAUCUAAGCGCGCAGCUGCAAAGUUAGGAGAGUUUCUUAGAAGAGACAAUAUGUAA